AUGGGUGGCGCUGGUGGUCCUGGUGGAACAGGGACUGGUGGCCCAGGUGGCUGGGGCUUGGGAUUGAAGGGUUUUGGGUGGCCCGGAAUGCCCGGAAUGCCAGGAAUGCCUGGCAUGCCUGGGAUGCCAGGGAUGGAUCUGAACCUGCCGGGGAUGCCAGGGAUGCCAGGGAUGCCGGGAAUGCCUGGCAUGCCAGGAAUGCCAGGAAUGCCGCCAGGAGGUCCGGAAAUGUCCGGGCGCUAUGGGAUGGAUCUACAUAUGCCAGGAAUGCCAGGGUUGCCAGGGAUGCCCGGCAUGCCCGGCAUGCCAGGGUUUGGCUUGGAUGUGGGCUUGCCUGGGAUGCGUGGCUUUGGGAUCAGUGGUAUGGGUAUGGGUGGCUUUGAUGGCAUGGGCUUUGGCCUCUAUGGCAAUGGUGUGAGCGGUAUUGGCCCCGGUGGCUUGGCCAUGGAUCUCGGUGGCUAUGGCGGUGGUGGCAUCCAGGACAUCUUGGGCGAAGGCGGCAUGGAGUUGGUGAAUGGCGGAGACUUAGAUGCUGCCCUGGGGCUUCUGAAUGGCCCUGGUGUGGAUGCCAAUGGUGAGAUUCAGCUGCCACCAGGGGUGGAGCCUGGCACCAAGGAGUACAACGAUUUCCUUCAACAGCUGGAAGCCCAGGGGCUGAUUGAGAUUCGAGAGGAGAUUGUUGAAGUUCCACAGGUUGUAGUGGAGGAACGCGUUGUUCACGUUCCAGGAAAGAAGCAAAUUCAGGAGAGGCUCAUCGAAGUCCCCAAAGUUGACUGGGUGGAGAGGGUGGAGUACGAGGACUACGUGGAGUACCGGGAGGUGCCUGUGGACAAGAUCAUUGAGGUUCCAGAGAUUGAGUACAAGAUCAAACAGGUCGACCAGACCGUGCCACAGACCUACAUCCAGGAACACUUUGUGGACAAGUUCAGGGAGGUACCAGUGACACAAGUGCAAGAGACCGAGAGGGUGGAGCACGUGCCAGUGAUGGUGCCCAAAGAUUGGCAACCACCAAACUAUGAGGCCCUAGGAAUGAAGUCUUCUCCGGCGAACGCCCCAGCCCAAAUCACAGUGACUUGA